GAAAUAUUUUCAACUCCUAUCGUAUGACUAAACCAAUGUUCACGCAUCCUUCGACCAGAGAGGAUCUCGAACGAAAGACGUCCAACCUUGUACUUUUAGAGUGAUCAUGUGGCUCUUGGAGACCAGGAGGCCGUCCAUACUACCAGCACUACGUUACCCAUCCGACAAAUCUCCGCCUACAAUUGUUGUAUCAAUGUACUACUGAAAAAUGGCCCUGGACUUCGUAGCGGGAUGCAUCGGAGGUUGUGCAGGCGUCAUUGUGGGACAUCCUUUAGACACAAUAAAGGUUAAACUACAGACUCAAAAUGCAAGAAAUCCAGUCUACAGGGGAGCGUGGCACUGCAUGACUUCGGUCCUCAAGACGGAAGGAAUUCGAGGACUUUUGAAAGGAGUCACGUCACCUUUAGGAGGUGUGGCGCUCGUGAACGCCACGGUGUUUGGCGCGUAUGGUGCCAUCCACAGAAACAUGGGCGAUGAAAGUCCCAAAACGCAUUUCUGGGCUGGGUUCGGAGCUGGUUCGCUUCAGUGCUUCAUCACCUGCCCGGUCGAGCUGGUCAAGACGAGACUCCAAAUCCAGAAAGGCAGAGAGUACAGCGGGUCUUUGAACUGCUUUACCAAGGUGCUCAAAACAGACGGACUUCGUGGGAUCUUCAAGGGGUACGGCAUCACGACCCUGAGGGAAGGGCCGGCUUACGGCGCGUACUUCUGUACCUAUCAGUUAUUAGCAGGCGAAGAUGACGCCCCGACGUGGAAGAUGAUGAUUUCCGGCGGUCUCGCAGGUAUGAUUUCCUGGAUUGUGGUCUAUCCAGUCGACGUGGUGAAAACUAGGUUCCAGGCGGACGGUGGUGUCGGGUCGGCGAGGUACACCAGUGCCUUGGAUUGUCUUGUGAAGAGCGUCCGCGCCGAAGGAUACGCUUUUCUCUUCCGAGGACUCACCCCGACGCUCAUCAGGUCAUUUCCGACGAACGCUGUCACAUUCACGGCUGUCACUUGGACCCUGAGGCUGGCGGAUUUCGUGCCCGACAAAGAUCACCAGAACUUCCACAACCACCAUAAAAUGUCUUGGGAUCCUAAGGCACGUCAGUUGUUCGAAGAAAGCAUUUUUCACCCGAUCUAAGACCAAAACUGUGGGUUUGAAAGA